AUGCUCGCCGAAUACAAUGCCCUGCUCCGAAACAACACCUGGCUCCUUGUUCCACCUGCAACUGAUCAAAAUCUCAUCUCCUGCAAAUGGAUUUUCCGUAUCAAAACUCAGCCAGAUGAUUCCAUCGAGCGCUACAAAGCCCGCCUUGUCGCUCGCGGCUUCCAGCAGCGCCCGGGCAUUGACUUCGGCAAAACAUACAGUCCCGUCCUCAAACCCACAACUCUUCGGCUCAUCCUCUCUCUCGCCGUGUCACAGAAUUGGCCAGUGCGUCAAUUGGACAUCGCCAAUGCCUUCCUCCAUGGCAGCCUCUCUGAACCUGUUAAUAUGCAAAAACCGCCCGGAUUUGUCGACCAAGCUCGACCCGACCACGUCUGCCAUCUCCGGAAGUCACUCUACGGCCUAAAACAAGCGCUGCGAGCCUGGUUCCAUUGUCUUCGUCAAGCACUGGAGUCCUAUGGGUUCAAGGGGUCCAAAACCGACCCCUCCUUGUUCAUCCUCCGCCGCGGCGCCAUUCGUCUCUAUUUCCUUGUCUAUGUGGGUGACAUUUUGCUAACCGGGAAUCAAGGCUCCGCCUUGCACCCGCUUCUUCUCUUUUUGCAGGGAAAGUUUGUAGUUCGGGAUCUCGGUCGUCUAAACUACUUCCUCGGCGUCCAAGCCCAUUGGACUCCGACGGGUCUUCUGCUCACCCAACAAAGAUACAUCCAAGCUAUUCUUGACCGAGCCAAGAUGAGUAAUGCGAACUCCCUCUCCACACCGGCUGCCCCGGCCACGAAGGACCCCGAUAUGACCCCCUUCAGUGACCCAUCCUUAUAUCGCCAGAUCGUCGGAGCUCUUCAAUACCUCCAGUUCACUCGCCCAGACAUCUCACAUGCAGUGAAUUUCUCGGCGCAACAUAUGCACAACCCAUUGCAGCAUCACUGGUCUGAUGUCAAGAGAAUUCACCUCAACGGUACUUCUACCCAUGGCCUCUUCUUCAACAACACUUCUCCAUUGCUUCUCUCAGGCUACUAUGACGCGGCAUGGGCAAACUCCGUUCUUGAUCGUCGAUCAACCACCGGAUAUGCUGUCUACCUCGGCUGUCAUCUCAUCUCCUGA